AUGAGCGACUAUAAAUGGGCCCUGCUACUCAAGCCGCCGCCAGUGCCCUUCCUUCUGAGCUGUCGGGAAGGUGAACCGCGCAUGGUUGAACCUGGCUGUGAGACUUCUUCUGAGGAAAGCCUCAGCACCGAGGAGCCCACAGCAGCGGACCCGAUGAGCCGGAAGCAGAAGCAGCCCAGGCGCGGAGGCUGCCGCCGUGGCAGUGGCCGCGGCUGCCACCGCCUUGUCUGCCGCCGCUGCCCCGAAAGUUUCGCCACCUACUUCGCCAGGGUUCUGAAGCAUGUUCACGAGGGCCUCAGCCUCUCGCAGGAGGCCGUGAGCGUCAUGGAUUCGUUCGUCAAGAACAUCUUCGAGCGCAUCACCGAGGAGGCCUCUCGCCUUGCCCGCUUCACCAAGCGCUCCACCACCACCACCAGGGAGAUCCAGAUAGCUGUGCGCCUGCUGCUGCCUGGGGAGAUUGGCAAGCACGCCGUGUCCAAGGCUAUGAAGGCUGCCAUCAGGUUCUACGGACGCAAAUGA